CUAUAUUGUCUAUAUGCAUCGGAUAGAGUACAUAUUGGCUUUAUCCCCAAUGCAGAUAAAUGAAUGUUUGCAUCUACGCCUGUUCGCGAUCUUUGUAUUUGUUUAUUUUUGCCAUGAAGUCGGCGGCUCUAGCGUAGCGGUGACUCACAGUCUUUCUAAACUGCGGUGGAAAUUGUCAUCUAUUGCGCAUCAGUUAAAGCACCAAGAAUGGCUCUAAAUGUCUAUGACCAUGAUGAAUACAGACCACCAGUGUGGAAAUCUUACCUGUAUCAGCUCCAGCAGGAGGCACCACAUCCACGGCGAUUGACCUGCACCUGUGAGGUGGAUAACCGGCCCAAGUACUAUGGGAGAGAGUACCAUGGGAUGGUCUCCAGAGAGGAGGCUGACCAGCUGCUGAGUGUGGCAGAGGGCAGUUACCUCAUCAGGGAGAGCCAGAGGCAGCCUGGGACCUACACACUGGCCCUACGCUUUGGAAAUCAAACCAAGAACUUCCGCCUCUACCAUGAUGGGAAACACUUUGUCGGGGAGAAGCGCUUUGAGUCCAUCCACGACCUUGUGACAGAUGGGCUGAUCACACUCUACAUCGAGACCAAGGCAGCAGAGUACAUCGCUAAGAUGACCAUUAACCCAAUCUAUGAGCACAUUGGCUACACAACACUCAACAAGGAGCCCACGCUGAAGAAACACUUGCCCGUGUGCAAGGAGGUUCCCGAUGGGCCUGCUCCACAGGGAGAGCGGGUUGACGAGGAGAAAGGGCUCACCUCGCUGGUACGUCGAGCCACCCUGAAGGACAAUGUCCACACGACCAAGUAUGAGAAAGUCCACAAUUUCAAGGUGCACACCUUCCGGGGACCCCACUGGUGUGAAUAUUGUGCCAACUUCAUGUGGGGCCUCAUCGCUCAGGGAGUGAAAUGUGCAGAUUGCGGUUUGAAUGUCCACAAGCAGUGUUCCAAAAUGGUGCCAAAUGACUGCAAGCCUGACCUCAAGCAUGUCAAAAAAGUAUACAGUUGUGACCUUACGACACUGGUAAAAGCCCACAAUUCCAAGCGACCCAUGGUGGUGGACAUGUGCAUACAAGAGAUUGAGUCUCGAGGUGUUCAGUCUGAGGGCCUGUACAGAAUCUCAGGCUUCAGUGAUCUGAUUGAAGAUGUGAAGCUGGCUUUCGACAGAGAUGGUGAAAAGGCGGACAUUUCUGUGAAUGUGUAUGAAGACAUCAACAUAAUCACUGGCGCACUGAAACUGUAUUUCAGGGAUUUACCCAUUCCUCUUAUCACGUACGAAGCCUACCCAAGGUUUAUGGAGGCAGCAAAGAUAACGGAUCCAGACAAGCGGUUGGAGGCCCAUCAUGAAGGUCUGAAGCUGCUGCCACCUGCACACUGUGAAACACUGUGUUAUCUCAUGGCCCACUUAAAGAGGGUAACCCAAAAUGAUAAAGACAACCUGAUGAAUGCAGAAAACCUUGGCAUUGUUUUUGGACCCACCCUCAUGCGUGCCCCAGACUUGGAUGCGAUGACGGCACUCAAUGACAUCCGCUACCAGAGACAGGUGGUGGAGACGCUCAUAAAGAACGAAGACAUUCUGUUCUGAAAGGGGAUGACAAACAAUGAAGGAAACUGAAAUCAUGAAUAAGGGAUUUACUCAUUUAGAAUGGAGGAAGUGACAAUUGUGUUUCGAAUAUUUUCCCUUUGUUAAACCAAGACUUUAAUAAUAAUGGAGUAUUUGAGCCAUUGUAUAUUCUCUCCCACUCCCAGAGAACCCUGUCUGAAGAGAUGUCUGUUGGGUUUGGAUCACGUACCUUAGACUUGUCUUUUGCAUGUUCACCCCCCCCCCCCCAUUUCUGUCGGGGGUAACUGAUGGAACACACAUUCCUUCUGGAUAGCUAGUAUGUGUUUUGUUUUCAGAUAUUGGGUCACACCAAAGAGAUAGAGGACUCAUCUUUAUCUCUGACAUUAUAGUGUCUGUGACAGCAUGGGCAGUGCCAUUGAAGCUACAAGCCAUAGGAAUCCCCACCCUGUUGGCUACUUUUACUACUUUAAAAUGGUGUAAGCCCUCAAUGCCCAUGUCUUGUACUGUAGAUGUGGCUCAUUGUUUCAUGAUGGGUUUAUUCUUCUUGUGAAUCACUAAUGUACCUGGGUAUAACAUCAGUUAAAAACCUUUUUUAUUUUGUUUGAUGUUCUUUGUAUGUUCUUUUACAUUCAAACACCUUUUUGAGGUGACUUAUUUUUUAAGAGAUGCAGUGGGAUAUUUAUAUAAUUUCAGCCAGUAGUCCUAGCACUCAAGCCAUAUGGGCGCCUUAAAUGUGCUAUGUCAUAUUAGCGGUACAUCUCCAUUGCAUUUACAUUAUAAUGACAUGCCACACAAUUGGCACUCACUGCCCCUACUGUCAAAGAGCAGCCAAUGUGCUCAAGCCUCCCACUUUUACCUUGCAGCAUCAUUGUAUGUGAUGGUGCCUUUCAACCUUCCUAUCAACAUUGUCUAUCUGUUUUGGUUGUUUUGAAGUUUAUUUAACUAGGCAAGACAGUUAAGAACAAACUCUUAUUUUCAAUGAAGGCCUAGGAACAGUGGGUUAACUGCCUUGUUCAGGGGCAGGAUGACAGAUUUUUAUCUUGUCAGACUUGAAACCUUUUGGUUACUAGUCCAAUGCUCUAACCACUAGGCUACCUGCCGCCUCAGUGUCUGUGUCCCUUUAUUCCCCGGUUCAGACUAUGGCAAAAUAACUUAAACUGUAUAUUUCCUGAAGAAAAUGUGUGCUUUCUUUAGCUGUCUAAAAGUAGUAGUAGCGCCCGUAGUAGUGGUAGUUUUGAUUGAUUGUAUUAAUAUCAAUAGCAUUAGUGACUGGUAAAAGUAGUGUUUUCAUUUUAACAUUCUGAAAGUUUCAACAGUGGGAAGUUUAUGUUGAGUUAAAUCUGCCUAUCAAAGUUUGGUCAUAUGCGCAUCCUUAUAAACAUAGGCGUUGGGCUAAUAAAGAAUACUAGUAUAGAACAAGAAGGCCUGCACACUGUCAAAGCUCCCAAUUCACCGCUUUAUUGACAACGUUUCGAUCUGAAACGGAUCUUCGUCAGGUCAAACAAACAGUGUUCACAUCCCAAAAUCUACAGUCGUGGCCAAAAGUUUUGAGAAUGAGACACAUUCAUUUCCACAAAGUUUGCUGCUUCAGUGUCUUUAGAUGUUUUUGUCAGAUGUUACUAUGGAAUACUGAAGUAUAAUUACAAGCAU